UGCCGCACAUGCGACGACCUCGAUGGAUGGAUGUGCUGGUUUUAGACUCGAUAAAUUCAUCCCAUUUCCAUCUCAGCCAUUGUGAUAAUCAGCCUGUUCCUCGCCCCAGUGUUCGUCUCAUACUUAAUCUGGACUCCAUCCUUUUCCUGAUCUCGACAUCCAGAGAGACGCCAGCACAUCAGAUAUCGGAAGUCACGCCUUCCUGAGCAAAACCCCCUUUCCUUCUCUCCUGUCUCCUCCUCCUAGAUCUUGAACACGCUCGCCCAAGAUGCGCUUCUCCGCGAGGUUAACCCUCCUCCCAGUCGCCCUCCUGGCCACAGUCGCCCAUGGCAAGGAGUGGAUCGUCGCUGUCGGCAGGGGCGGCCUGAAGUUUGACCCCGAGGUCAUCCCCGAUGCGAAGGGGGGAGACACGGUCACGUACCAAUUCUACGCGAGGAACCACAGCGUCGUAGCUUCGUCGUUCGGCGAGCCUUGCAAACCGCUGGCCAAGGACCUGAUCUUCUCGGCAUUUGUGCCCAACGAGUCUCCCGAUGUUCCGUCGACGACUAGCUUCACAAUCACCAUCAAGGACAAGAAGCCGCUGUGGUUCUACUGCGCCCAGGGCAACCACUGCCAGCAGGGCAUGGUCCACUCAAUUAAUGCUCCUCCAGCUGGCCCUGGCAACAGCCACGACGAGUUCAAGAAGAAGGCCAAGGAUGUUGUCGCCACCCUGUCGCCCCCAGGAGGGCCUCCGGGAGGACUUCCUGUUGGUGGUGAGCGGAUCGCAAAGGUUCAGGUUGGCGGCUCCAACGGUUCCUUCACCUUCACUCCCAACGACCUCAUUGAGCCCAAGGGCACUGUUGUGCAGUUCAGCUUCAACCCGGCAAACCACUCGGUCGUCCAGUCUUCGUUCGAAAAGCCAUGCUCGCCCCUCGAAGGCGGCGGCUUCAGCAGCGGCUUCAUCCCCACCCAGGCCCGCCCGUCAGGCGCUCUCUUCCACAUCAAGGUAACGGACGAGAAGCCCAUCUGGUUUUACUGCGGCCAGGGUAGGCACUGCCAGACCGGCAUGGUCGGCAGCGUCAACGCCCCCGCGCAGGGCAACACCCUGGCCGCCUUCGCCGACAAGGCCAAGAGCGCCGGCGCGAGCAGCAUCCCGCCCAAAGCCCCUCAGGGCGGCACCCUGGCGGUCAACGGCACCAACGUGGCUAGCUUUGGCGGCAGUAACGUGCUCAACUUCCAGCCGGCCGACAAGGGCAUCAUCGACAAGGUGCCCAAGCCCGGCGAGAACAUGACGGGCAUCGUCUACGACAUGGCCGGCGGGCGCCAGCCCAUCAACUACGGCUUCGCGCCGCAGAUCUCGGACGACGCCGUCGAGCUGCUCCAGCUCGUGCUCUUCCUCGACAACGUCGUGCUCACCGUGCUCUGGACCGGCUUCGACCGGCUCAAGGCGGGCGGCUGGGCCGGCGUGUACCCCAAGUCCAUCGUCAGCACCAUCGGCAGCAUGUCGGCGCAGGCGCUGGUGCAUCGGCAGACGGCGACGGACUCGCUGCAGAACUACAGGCGGGCCGUGCCCGAGGCCUGCAAGGUCCGGCCCGCCGCCGACGCCGACGACAGCGUCGAGCAGUGGCUGCAGAACGUGCAGCAGCUCGUGACGGUGCAGAUCGGGGUCAUAACCGACGUCAUGACGAGCGUGGCCACGACGGACCCCUGGCUGGUGCCGGCGCUGGCGUCCCAGGUCGGGGCCAAGGCGCGCAUGAGCGGCAUGGUCAACAUGAUGCAGAACCACAAGGCCGCCGCCUCGCCCCGCGAGGCCCUCCUCCCCGCCCGCCUCGGCUACGCCUACGUCAAGAACCGGUUCGUCGACGGCGACUGCGCCGGCGCCCUUCCCGCCGGCGGCAAGGUGCUCGGAAGCGACGGUAAAGUUCUGCCGCCGCUGGUCUUCACCGACAAGCACCGCCUCGGCGGCAGCGCGGGCGACCAGGUCAACGCCGUCACGGUGCGCAUCCCCGCCGAGGCCGGGCAGGACCAGCAGCUGUACAUGGCCUGGAUCGGGGCCUGGGGCGGGCUCGAGUUCACGACGGUGCUGCGCAGCAACGGCUUCGCGCCCGUACCCGACGGCAUGUACGGUAAUCUGUACGGUGUCCUGACGACAAAGUCGGGCGUCAAGCUGCAGGAGGUGGCCAGCGUAGCCAUCGCCGGGCCGGAGCCGCUGUGGGUCAGCGACCCCAACGGAUGGGGCAACUAAGCGCCGCCAACCUGGUUUUUGUUUGUUUUUGGGUUACCAUUUCUUUUUCCUUAUCUGUAAUAUUCUUGGCUUCACUGCAUCAGAAUCGUGGCCAUAUUUUCACAUGUAACACACACUCGCACAUUGCCAACCGCGGGAGUCGGCACGGCGGUAGAAACUUUGGGGUUCGGGCGUUGGG